CUAUAACAUCCACUAUUUUUGGGUUCUGGUUGAGUAGAAAACCUCCAUCUCAGGUUCCCUACCCCUGCAAUAGAUCAUCCACGAAGGUAAGCACUUACUGAUAUUCUCCAUCUUUCACUCUUGAGAACAAGCAUGGCUCUACUUGUUCUUGAUGAAAUCCUUGGUCUUCUAGUGCUCCUGUUAGUGUUUCGUUCCACGAUCUGGCCGCCUGCUUUAAGCCAAACAGGCUUUUCUGAAGCUUGACACAAAUUGUCCAUUCUUGGGUUGUGGAAUCCCCUGUGGUAAUUCCAUGUAGAUUUCCUCUGAUAGUUAUCCGUUGAGAAAGGCAGUUUUAAUAUCUAGAUGCUCUACGUGCAUCCCUCUUGAGGCUGCAGUGCUUAACAAUGUUCUGAUAGCUGUGUAGCUAACAACUGGAGCAAAUGUCUCAGAGUAAUCAUAUCCAGGUUUCUGAGCAAAUCCUUUUGCUACUAGACGAGCUUUGUAUUCGUCAGUGCUCCCAUCAGCAUUGCACUUAAGUUCGUGUCCAAGUUUGAUUCUGCUUCAAGGAAUCUAGUUCAUCCCGGCUGACUGCUUCCAUCCACCUGUUUCUCUCAGGUGUGGGUAACUGCAUAAUUUCCUCCCAGCUCGUGGGCUCCGUCUCAGUUUGCAAAUUUGUAUAACAAACAUAGUCACUGUAUCUCUUGGGCAUAACUCCCUUGUUAGCUCUCUCUGACUUUCUGACAGUAGAUGAGGUCUACUCAUCUACAGACACUUGUAAAACCCCAACACACAGUAAUGGGCAGGAACCUCUUUGAGCAGCAGCAAGCUAAUCACAAAAUACUCAGCACAAACAGAUGUUGCGGAUCCUUCAGCAGGAGGGAGAGAAACUCAGAGCAGGAGCUCUGGCCCAAUGAGGCAAAUGGAGGGGGUCCCCCUGGGGCAUCCCACCAGUCUGCAGAGUUGCAGAGCUUUAUUAGAAGGGACUUGUCAUUGUCUUCCUGGGAAAAAGCUGUCAUAAACAUCCCUCCUUCGUUGCCACCAGUUUGCAGAGUGGCGACAGGUCUUUUCAACUUCCACCGCAGGACAACUGACUGGGCCCCAGCCUUCUUGUGGUAAGUUGCUGAGCAUUUCUUCUUGUUUUAAGAACACACCUCUGUGGGAUGCCCUCUGCUCGUGUAUUUAAAACAAUUAUUUUACACCGCUUAAAGUAUCGAGAAAACUAAGCCUUACUAAGCAUCGUUGUCUUCCUGGAAAAAGAUUGUCAUAAACAGGAUGCAGUUGUUGGCUUUAACCCCAAAUAGAAGUAAUCAAGUCAGUUGUGACAUCUUUCGAUUCUAGAAGUAUGUGAGAGAGACCCCAAUUCCUAAUCCACAGGACCUUUCUUAUCUACUGGUGCACCAUUAUAGAAGGGCGUUUGUGCUUUCUAGGUUAAAUACCUUUUGGUCAGUGGUCACUGAGGGCGGUUAAGCAGGUAUUUCUUGUUCAGGUAGAAUAUGUAAGUGUGGAGAUGGUCAAAUUGAGAUUUUGGAGCAUAUUCUUGUGUUCUGCUUUUGGAAGGAUUUGAGGAAGAAUUUUUUAGGGCAGUUUAUAUUUUAUAAAUCAUACUAUUUGAUCAUUAUAAAAAGGAUUACGUUACCAGUUGCAAACUUUUUGUUGGCAGUAAUUAAACAUAAAAGGGGAUAAUAAAGGAUUACUUUAGUGAAAAGCUGCUAGUGGCCAAUUGGCCGUUAAAGUCAUAUCAUUUAAGAAAGCACAUGGUAACGUACGUAAAAUAAAUACAUAAAAAACGUUUAAAAUUACAAUGUAAGAAUACAACCAAUUGCAGUCCUAAAGAAAACCAUCAACAGCUGCCUUAUAAAGAUUGAAAGUUGCAAUCCAGGGAUGUCGCCUUCAGCCUGCUAAACCUUGGCUCGAUCUUGACAGGUCAACCAUGCCAGUGACGUCUGGGUCAUGGGAAAGGCCAAGCCAGACAGCUACGAUGGGAUCAUCACAAACCAGACAGGGGUGACAAUAGCAGCUCCCGGAGCUGACUGCAUCCCCGUGCUUUUUGCGGAUCCUGUCAGAAAAGCCUGCGGUGCUGCUCAUUCAGGCUGGCAGGGCACACUGUUGGGAGUGUCCAUGGCUACAGUCAAUGCCAUGGUGGCUGAAUACGACUGUCACGUAGAAGAUAUCCUUGUCGUAUUGGGGCCAUCGGUCGGACCUUGUUGCUUUACACUACCACAAGAAUCAGCAAAGGAGUUUCAUAGGAUCGAUCCAAACUGUGUAAGAUAUUUGGACUCUUCAGAACCCUCCAUCGAUAUCAGAAGAGCAACACGAGUUCUUCUGGAAGCUGGAGGAAUUCUGCCACAGAACAUUCAAGAUGACACUGUGAGGGACCCAAACCAAAACCUCACGCUCUGCACAGCCUGCCACCCCGAGCAGUUCUACUCUCAUGUACGUGAUGGUGAAAACUUUGGGACACAGAUUGGCUUCAUAUCGAUUAAGGACUGACUGCUCUACAUAGCCCUGCAGAGGGUGGAAGACCUUUCUACGUGCCACGUCCUUCUGAUGGCUGCCCAAGAGUUCCCAGCAAAGCUGUAUCUUACGGCAUGUCACUUCAGAUGUUUCAACGUGGCUGUCAUGUCACCCCUUAACCUUCUCUUCUCCAGACUAAACAUACCCAGCUCCCUAAGAUUAGUUAAAAAUUAUGUUGCAUGUAACAAAAUGUUAAAAAUAUUAUUCAUCUAUAUUUUAUAGAAAAUCUAUAUGGCAGCUAAGAAACGUGAGAAAGAAAAUGAAUGAAAUUGUUCUUCUCCUGAGGAAGGCAUCAACGAAAACGCUUUGGAACGUGCGAGGCGUUUGAGAGACUCGUUUUGAUUAACUCUAUAAGUUAUCACUGUGGAUUUAAUUUAUGAAUAAGACUAUGAACUGGACAAUGAACUUUGGUUUCUACAUAUAAAAAUGUUGUGAUUAUAUUACCGGGUGCAAAUAAGACCUAUUUCUUAGUUGGCUAAA